AUGCAUGCAUGUUCAUCUCACAACGGAUGCAGUAUUGUUUUAAGAAGUACUCCUAUAUUGCCUCAACCAUUUACUCGACUACUUCCCAACAAAACUGUCCCAGUUAUCCUCACUUGUGGUGGAAGGAGUUGGGAGACGACUUAUUUGGGUGAUAAUGCAGCUUAUCAAAAGAAGUUCGACCAAAGAUGGAGAGCAUUUGCAGAGGACAAUAUGCUCAAAGUUGGAGAUGCCUGUGUUUUUGAACUCAUGGAAUGCAGUGAUACUUCCCUCAAGUUUAAGGUUCAGGUUCUUCGAGGUGACUUUCCGUCUAUUUUACUGGGCGAUCAAGAUGGUACAAUCGAUAAUCCCAUAGUUGUUGAGUGA